AUGAGAACCAAGCCUCUCGCGAGGAGAAGCGUGCGCGGGUUUUAUAGAGAACGCGGGGGCGGGGCGCGGCGUCCCUGGCGCAAGCGCAUUUUACUGUGUGGGAAGUGCAGCACGCCCCUGGGGCGCCUGCGCGGACUCCCGGCUGACCUGGCGGUGGAGGCGUCUGCUGGGUCUCCCGCAGGGCUCUGUUCUAUCCCAUGCCCUAUCCCGUGUUCUAUCCCAUGCUCUAUUCCAUGUUCUAUCCCAUGCCCUAUCCCAUGCCCUAUGCCAUGCCCUAUUCCAUAUCCCAUGCUCUAUCCCAUGCCCUAUCCCAUGCUCUAUCCCAUGCCCUAUCCCAUGCUCUAUCCCAUGAUCUAUCCCAUGCUCCAUCUCAUGCUCCAUCCGAUGCUCUGUCCCAUGCUCUGUCCCAUGCUCCAUCUCAUGCUCUAUCCCAUGCUCUAUCUGUUCCAAAUCAUUCCACAACUGUAA